GGCAGCAAGUGAGUCUAGUUCAGCUAAAAGCAAUUGACCUUGGAUUGUAGGUAAACAAGUGAUGCGAGACACCUGCUAAACCGCGCUGUCUAAAUGCGCUGUUGUUUCUCUGAGACCGAGUCGUUUUGUCAGGAAUCUUGAUGUGUGCUACGCUUUUCUCCUCAUUACUAACGGUCCAAAUGCCGCUUUUACUGUAAAGGGAACGCGAACCAUUCAGGCAUCACCCCCGCUCUGUUGAUUCCCGUAACACCGCCAUGUGAAGAUUCGCCACCAACAUAGUUACGGGCCGGGGGCACGUUCGUCUGGCGACAACACACAAGACAUGUAACAGUAUGCUCGGAUGAGACGGACUUCUUUCUCUCGGAAGAGAUUGCGGGAGAUGCGGGCGGUCCAUUCGCCUCGCGCUGUCGAUUCAUUCACUGGUUGCGAUGUUUCACUGGGACAAGACGUUUGGUAAAGAGACAUGUGAGGGGGUUUAAAGUAUGGCAAGCAAAGAUGGUUUCUGCCAAGAAGGAGAUUGUGAUUGCGAUGUCCCCCGGUUACAUUUCCACUCUCAUAUACUUUAUCUGCGUGGCUUCUUGUGUAAAGCGAAUCUCUGGACAGAUUAAACGGGAUGAGAAAUUAUACCCUGAGAAUUUCACGCGCAUUCUAGAUCGACUUCUGGAUGGCUAUGACAACAGGCUACGACCUGGAUUUGGGGGCCCAGUGACUGAGGUGAAAACUGAUAUAUAUGUUACAAGCUUUGGUCCCGUUUCAGAUGUUGAAAUGGAAUACACGAUGGACGUCUUCUUCCGCCAGACAUGGGUGGACAGGAGGCUGCGCUACGAGGGCCCCAUCGAGAUCCUGCGCCUCAACAACCUCAUGGUCACCAAGGUGUGGACUCCUGACACCUUCUUCAGGAACGGGAAGAAGUCAGUGGCCCACAACAUGACCGCCCCCAACAAGCUGUUCCGCAUCAUGAGGAACGGCACCAUCCUCUACACCAUGAGGCUGACGAUCAGCGCCGAGUGCCCCAUGAGGCUGGUGGACUUCCCGAUGGACGGACAUGCCUGCCCCCUAAAGUUUGGAAGCUAUGCAUACCCCAAAACGGAGAUGAUCUACACUUGGACCAAAGGACCCCAGAACUCUGUGGAGGUGCCCUCAGAGUCAUCGAGCCUGGUCCAGUAUGACCUGAUUGGACAGACCGUCUCCAGUGAGACCAUCAAAUCAAUAACAGGAGAAUACGUAGUGAUGACUGUGUACUUCCAUCUGAGGCGGAAGAUGGGCUACUUCAUGAUCCAGACCUACAUCCCGUGCAUUAUGACUGUGAUUCUCUCCCAAGUGUCCUUCUGGAUAAACAAAGAGUCCGUGCCCGCGAGGACAGUGUUCGGGAUCACGACCGUGCUGACCAUGACCACACUGAGCAUCAGCGCCCGCCACUCGCUGCCCAAAGUCUCCUACGCCACCGCCAUGGACUGGUUCAUCGCUGUCUGCUUCGCCUUCGUCUUCUCUGCCCUCAUCGAGUUUGCAGCCGUCAACUACUUCACCAAUGUGCGGGCAGAGCGUGCUAAGAGGAAGCUGGCCAAAUGUCCACCGGCCCCCAAGGCCACCCCGGUGAAGAAGGCCAGCGACCCUGAAGAGGUGUUACAGAAUCCAGACACCAAUGGCAGCUUGCGCAAACGGCUGAACUAUGUGGCCCAGUCAGACUCAAACCCCGCCCAGAGCGCUGACCCUGGGGGCAGGAAUAGGCCGGGUGGGGUGAGACAGUCCCUGGUGGGCCACGUCCCUUCUGCAUCCACUGGAGCAGCAGCGGCCGCCGUGAUGUCAGCCUCUGCCCUGUCUCACUCCAGCCCCAACCCCUUCAGCCAGUCCAACGCUCUGCAGAUCCUGGCCUCCUGGAACACGCCCCCGGCCCCGCCCUCCACCCCACUGCUGGUGGGACGUGUGCCGUCCAAUCUGAACCCAGGCUCCUCCUCCCUCCAGCAACUGCUGAGGCCCAAGCUGGAGCACAUACAGAUAACCGGGGGAAAGGCAGAGCCCGGGCAGGCCACACCCAGCAACCAGACCGCCCCUCCCACCACCUCUGGGUCCAGCGGAACCAGUAAAAUCGACAAGUAUGCCCGAAUUCUUUUCCCAGUGUCCUUUGGGGUUUUUAAUAUGGUUUACUGGGUGGUGUACUUGUCUAAGGACACCAUGGAGCCUAGAGAGGGGUAACCCCAGUGUGCCUCUUUUUCUAUCCUUACAAGAAUAAUAAAAAGAUGAACAUGAGGACAAUCUUGAGGCCUGGAUUCCAUUUCCUCUAAUCUGUAGGAGAUGUAGCUAAUGGCCUAAAACUGUAGAUGAGACAUACCUACAAGAGCCAAUAAGCAAAUGAAUGGAGUAAUUACCUCAGCGAUAACAUUAGGAAAGAAACACAUAAAAGGUUCUCGAAAGAGGAGCAUGUUAUGGAAAAAAUACAAAAAACAUUCCAAAUAUAUUGAAUUGUAUUAAUAAGAGUAACCUCUGUGUUUUCAAUGGAUGUAUCUGGAUAUUAGUGACAAACUACAUGUAUUCCAGCAAUAUUCUUUCAUUUUUGGGGAAGAGAGUUUCAAUGUGAAAAAUUCUGUA